CCAGGAGAGCAUCUAGAAGAAACAGACGCUGUAUCAGAACAGAAAUCUUUAACUGACUGUCUUUUCACAGCUUUGACAUCGGUAGUUACUCCAGUUUUCAUUCGUAGGAAUUCGGCCGAAUUUCUUUUACAAAAGAUUCAUUUGCUUUUGAAUAGCAGGGUUGAUCAACGGCAGGUGAUUGCUUUUAAAGUUCACGGGUUUGAUUGGAGUAUGAUGAUCAAUAGCUUGCUUGAGAAGGCUUUCCCAGUGGCACCAAAUAUCAUUCACAUCAUCGAAUUUUGUAAGCAGUGUCCCAUCGGAUCUCACUUAAGGACGAAAGAAUGGAAUGAAGAGCAGGAGAACUCUUUUCAAAAACUAAAACAGCCGAUCGCAAGCACUCCUGUUGGCAUCUUUUGAUAAUGAGGCUCACACGGAUAACUGCUGACGCCAGUCCAGUUGUCCUGAUGGAGAAAGUAGAGCUGUGUGUUUUGUUAGUCGUACCCUGAGUAAAUUUGAAGGCCGGUACAGUUAGACUGAAAAGGAGGCUCUCGCUUUAAUCUGGGAAUGCGGACGAUUCCAUUUGUAUGUGUAUGGACUGCUAGAAUUUGCUCUUUUUACUGACCAUUUACUCAAGCAAGUCCAAACCGUCACCCGGAUAGAAUACUGGAUGUUGCGCCUUCAAUCGUACAGUAUAAAGUUUCGUUAUGUACCUUCCCGGAAGAAUAUUGCAGACGCUUUGUCAAGGUUAACAAAGACAGCACCAGGGGAACAGUCUCAGGAUGAUGAUGAGUAUAUAAGGGCAGUUACAACUCAUGGAGAAGUUAAGAGACAAAAUAGGGCACUUUUGGAGUCCGUCAGAGCUGCUCAUUCUGACGGAAAGAAUUGGAGAGAAGAGCUGAACAAGUUUCUUCUUGCAUAC